AUGUUUUUCCCAGAAUAGGAGUAUAAAACUAGUACUAAAGUAGAUAUUCUGCAUAAAUAUUAGAGUGAAGAUGAGUUGAAGAAGUUGACUUUGGAAGAAGAUUUAAGUGAAUGUUAAAGAUCCAUUUAUAUUUUGACGAAGGGAUAAUAGUUGCAGAAGAAAGCUGUAGAUUAUUGUGGUUUAUCUCUAGAUUUAUUCUAAUUUACACAAGAUUUUAAAGGAACCUAAUGCUUUUGAAUUUCUUUUUUAAGUUAUAAUGUAAAUAUAUUAAUUCUACAAUUUCAAGCGAAGAAAUCUAAUAACAAGAAGAAGAUAAUUAAAUUAUUGCAGCUAAAUCCCUUUAGAAAUUAAUAAAAGAGAAUUCCCUCUCAAAUGAGGAGUUAUUACAAAUCUAUGAUUUGACAACUCAAAUAUUGAAGAUUUGGUCUCUUCCAGUCUUGAAUGAAUGGGUCUUAACAAUGGAUACUCUCCUAAGAGCAAUUGGUAUAAAUAAUAUUCUCAUUCCAAUCUAAUAAUUGAUAUUACUUUUAACAGAUAGUUCCCAACCUUCAAUGUCUCGUUAAAGCUCUGCCAAACUCAUGGGCACUUUGGCUUAAGUAAUGUACAUUUAAUAGAUAAGCUUCUUGGAAAUGAAAUCAAAGGUCCAAUACUUGAUAGAGCUAGGAGUUUAUGUUCGGAUCAUGAUAAGGAAAUCCGAUUGAUUAUGGCUGAUGAUGUGAUGAUUAAAGUGUGCUAAUCAAUUUCCAGUGACUUAAUAGAGUGUUAUUUAAUGGAAAAAAUAAUGGAGCUUUUUUAUGACACUGAUUAAAUGGUGAGGAGUUCAGGUAUGAAGCUAUUUUUUACAAUUGCAAAUAAUUUGUCAGCAGAUGAGAUUAAAAAUAGAUGCACCAAAUAGUUUAUUGAUUCAAUACAAAGUCAAAAUGAGGAGAAUAGGUUGGUAAUGUCCAAAAUGUGUGGACGUGUAUUCCAUCUUGUAAUUACAUAUAUUAAUUUAUAAUUAGAUAAAAGAUCAUUUGAAUUAACAGUAAUUCACACUUUUUCUUAACAUUUACAUGUCAUAUGCUAAGAGUAAGAACAUUGAUGUUAGAGUCAACUUUAUAAGCAAUUUCCCUGCUCUUUUAUCUUUGGCAGCUAAGAAAUUUGAAUACUUUUAAGAAUCUUAUUUACAAUGUUGCAAUGAUACCAAUGAAUUUAUUGUAAGAACUGUAAUCAAUUGUUUCCAUGAAGUUGUACUACUUUCUGAGAAUACUGAGAUACUGUUUUAGGUUUUCAUGAACUUCAUAAAAUCUAAGAGUGUUACAAUAUUGGAAAUUCUGAUAUUGAGAUUUGCCUCUAUUAUUAACUCUUUCCAAAAAUAAGUAUUAUGUUCAUAAUAUGCUUAGUCAGUAACAACCGCAAUUUGGUCAACCAGCACUUGAAUUACUGAAUAGUCUUAUUACAAGAAAUCUUUGGGAUUUCUAAAUAGAAUUAAUUGACCAAUUCAAAAAAUGCCAGUAGAUUUUCAGUGAUGUAAAUAUGUUUAUGAAUGCGAUGAUUACUGUAAUUGCUAAGGGUAUUCCCAAAACCAAAAAGUUAUGUUGUGAUAAUAUUGCUUAAUACUUGAGUCAGUAUGGAGAUUUGAGAAAGAGAAAGGACUGGAUCAAUCAAUUGUUUGAAAUUUAUUUUAAGUCUGAUAGUUACUGUAAUCGAAUCACCUUUAUCAACAUUGUUGAAUCAUUUUCAGAAUGCAUUUCUAAGAAACUAUUCAAGCAAUAUGAAUUCUUUGAUAUUCUGAUAUUUUCAAAAGAUCCUAUUGUGAAUGUCAGAAUGAGAUUAAUAAAGGUAUCAAUUAAAAUGAUUGUAGAUUUUACCAUUAUUAUAUAAAAAGAUAGAUAGUGAUGAUCUAACUAUUUUAAAUAUGUUUAAUGAAGCUGUGUAGGAUUGUAUUUUGAGUGGAUCUCGUUCUUUUUAAUUUAUGAUUCAGUAAACCAAAGAGGAAUUAUUGAAGCCAAAUGAUGAAAAUUUAUUGAAUAAGAGAGACCAAGAGAUGAUGGAAAAAGAGGAAAUCAUCUUCAAGAAUGAUUAAAAGUAAAGACAAUUGUAGUUGGAUUAAGAGAGGGACGAUUUGGAAAUAAAUAAAAUUGACUUAAAUGAUUACUUAAAUAAAUACAAAAAAAAGUAUCCACUCAGCAAAAUCAAGAAUAGCAAUUAAAGUUAAACUAAUUUAUUCAAAAGAUAAUAAAUUUAAAAUGGAGCUUCAACCUUAAUAAUAAAGAAAUCAGUAGAUUUUGAUUCCAAAAGUCCUAUAUUAGAAUGUACUUAAAUUACAAAAAAGCCCGUCCUGAAAUCCAAGACUCCAACCACAAAAAGCAUUUGUGAUAUUAAAAAGCAAUUCAAGCUUCCAAGUAUCAAAAAAUGA